CUGCUGCUGAUCCAUAGCCCCUCGCUGACCGCAGCAUUCGCGCCCGGGAAUCUUUGCUCGUGGCGUCACUUCUCAGCCGAUCAAGGUCGGUGGAAGCACACAACAGUCCUUUACAGGAUUUGACGCCCACCAGAUGGACUCGAGGGUGUUGCUCGGCCUGACGUCGAAUAGGGCACAGCAGCAGGCGCCACCGCCACUGCCACCUUCUCAACUGCAUUAUCUCCCCUCGCCGUUCGGCUACUUGCGCACAGGUACGCCGUCUCCCAUGCCGUUCACUCCGUGGCCGCGCUGCCGCCCCUAUCCUAUACAACAGCAUGUACAGCAACACCAGACGCCCACUCCGCUCGCUUCGUUCCCUCCCGAGGAAGCCCCACUCAUCGAUGCCAUGCUUCCGUCCAACGCCUCGCGCAACAGGGGCGGCGACCCGUCAUAUCCGCAGCAGCAGACUCCACCAUCGGCACUAGCGAGCUUUCUUCCCACCGAUCUCUCCAAUGUGGUGUCGCCCAUCGACCCCACGUCGUCACCAUUUGACGUGUUUGAGACCAUGCACUCGAACGCGCCCCAAGCAAGCGAGCAAAGGGCGGUCUCAGCCGAUCCCCCUCGCUGGGACACGUCUGCUGAGCAGCAUGAUUGGGCACGGCCAGUCUCUGCUCCACCGUCCAAGCUGGCUGCAACGCCACCCUACGAAGCGGCGCAAUCGCGGAUUCCCAUCUCGACAGGUGAACCGACGGGGCCGGGACAUCAAGAUCUCUUUGCAGGGUACGGUGACGCAGCUCUUAUGGGCAGCGGAACCUUUGCUUCUCAGCAACAGCCUGCCAAGCCUCCCGUCGAAUCUUCCUUCGGGACGGCGCUGCGUCCCAUCUACGACUUUGACUUCAAGUGGUCGCCGUUUCCGGAUGCGCCCGAAUGGGACAUGUCGGCUGCUGCCACUCAGCAGCACCCUGCGCCGUACACAUAUGGGUAUAGCCCCCCCGCGCAAGCCGAACCUGCUGGGUCUAUGCUCCCGACCUUGGGUCCUUCUGGGUCAUCCCCAUUCCCAUCGUUCCAGGACACCCGCACACCUCACGACUCGCCACGCGACGAGACACUUGCCGCACCGACAUAUGGCGCACACCCUAACAUCUGACGGACAUUCCUAGCGGUUUCUCUUAUUCCGGUUGUGUGAUAUCGCAUUCCCCAUUGUGCCUGUUAUCUGUUAUUUGUACCACCCACAGCACUCAGCAUUCACCGCAUCGCCAUGAUCCGCAUUACAUCCAUCCAAAUCCAUGCCUAUGUAUUGUAGCUGAAGCACAGCAUCUUGACCCCCCGAUACAACCCAUCAUGUUAGCGUGUCGAGUCCAUUUGACUUGACGUGAAGACUCAGAA